GAAAACUGAAGAUGUACGUUACACAAUGAGGAAAAGUGGUAGCGAUGUAGUUGGAAAAUGCAUUGAUAAUCACCUCUUUGUAUAUUGUUUAAAGUGGCGGUGAUUUCUGAAGUUUGGAAUUCACUCAGAUCUCAGAACCAAGAUUUUAUAUUUCUGCACAUUUUCGACUACUACUCGCAUUCACCCGAUUUUUUUUAAUUCGAAAAAGAAAACUCCCUAGCAAUUUGUGGGGUUUUUAGCGGAACACUGAAUGGGAAACGGGAGUCACAUCAAUGUAACCUAGUUUAACGUAAAACGGUAAUGUUUGCACACAGGAAGUCUCUUUUAUCAGUAGUGGUGUCUGAUUUAGAUAGCAUGGCGCAUUCAAUCAUUCCACAUUGUGAAGCACCUUGCGGAAGUGCUGGUUUUGUACUACUCAUUGGUCAGAAUGCGGUUACUUCUGGUUCUGUUCGCUGUCUUCGAUGUAACCCGAGCGGGAUCUUGUAACAUCCGUUUUGACACCAUAUCGAUUUACUAUGGCGAGAAAAGGGUGAAUCAGUAUGUAUGCGUGAAGGUCACACCGGCUGAUCUAACCCAGGAUAGCUUUUUCCCGGUCUCCUAUCCGGUCUUUACGGCUAAUGAUUCGCACCUGCUCUCCGUUUACAAGGAGAUGUUCGCAAAUAUGGGAAAGCAUUAUUUGGAAAUUAAAGUACUGGCAAUGGUCAACAGUCACAUUAGGAACAUAUCGGAGGAUGCAUUUGACAAAUUCGUUGGCCUCUCCUACUUGGACCUACGCCACAAUGACAUAACCGAGAUUGGUUUCCUGAAGACGAUCAUUUCGCGGUUACAGACUGUGGACUUGAGUUACAACAAGAUAGAGCACGUUUCCGUCAUCAACAUGUCGCAUCCGAGGAACUUGAACAAGUUGAAUCUUGCAUUUAAUAAAAUCAUCACCGUUGACUUUGGUUUUGUGCCAAACGCGACCGCGUUGAAUGCCCUGGAUUUAAGUCACAACCUACUCGAGAAUUUAAGUGAAGGUGUGUUUAGAAGUCUUCCUUACGUCGGAGAGGUAUACUUAACGAACUGCACCAGGAGAAAGCUGGACUUCAGGAUUUUUGAAUCAACCACUCGUUUGCGCGUUCUCAACGUCAGUCAUAAUGAUGUUUUGUUACCACAGCUGCCAUCACUUCCCCAAUUGAGUUCGCUGAAUUUGUCGGCCACCAAAGUUGCAAUUGACCAAGAGAUGUUCAUCGCGUCACGGCGCCUUCAGCAUUUAGAUCUCAGCAGUAAUGGAUUCAAAAACUUGGAGAAAAGCGUGUUCAUUCACUUACAGGAUUUGGAAUCAUUGCAUUUGCAUCACAACGACUUAGAGUCAUUAGAGCAAGACAUGUUCAAAGGGCUAAACAAAACGCUUCUGCUCAACUGCUCCUCUAAUAGGAUCAAGUCGUUACAGCCGAACGUUUUUGUCGAGUUGGUCUCUUUGCGUUCUUUAGAUCUGGCCAGAAAUGGCCUGGUAAAGAUCGAAACUGGAGCGUUUCAUUCGCUGCCCGAGUUGAGGUUUCUCGACCUAAGCGAAAACGCUAUCGAAACCCUUCACGAGAUGACAUUCAAGGGCCUCAACCUCCUUCUGGAACUGCACUUAAACGGAAAUCGCGUCAAAUCGCUCGUGUCCAAACCGUUCGCCGGUCUACAGAACCUAAUUCAACUGAGCUUGUCGGGUAAUCCCUAUCACGUGGUUGAAACCAAUACAUUUGUCGGUCUGACCAGCUUGAAAACACUCAACCUAUCACGUCUCGCGAUUUCGAACGUUGAGCCCAACGCGUUUGCGCCAUUCAAGCUUUUGAGCAGGCUCGACUUGAGUCACAACUCUAUAGACACACUUCUGGAGGGUGCGCUCAGUAUGGAGUACCAAGUUAGAUCGGUCUGGCUGAACGAGAACGGUAUUCGGAAUAUAAGACCUGGAGCGUUUAAUCGCAUGGUGUUCGAUAACAGCGGCUAUUACCCCGUCAACUUCAUCGAGCUCAGUAGAAACUCCCUGGCAUCUCUCAAAAAGGGAACGUUCGCGGGCAUCACAUACGUCGACACAAUCAACUUGGCAGACAACGCGAUUGAAUCCAUCGAGCCUGGUACCUUUGAAGGCUGCGUCAUGCGCACGACCUCCUACGGAAAUCAAAUCAUUCUGGACCGUAACAAGAUCAGCACCCUCGAAGAGGACGCAUUCAUGGGGGUGCAACAUUUGCAACGCCUCGAGCUGAGGGACAACGCUAUUGUCGCCGUCGACGUGAACGCCUUCAAUGGGCUGAACGCGCUACGCGUGCUUGGUUUGAGCGGAAACCUGCUCAAGGAGCUUCCUCUCGGGAGUGUAAGGCAUUUCGCCAAUUUGACCGAGCUGGAGCUCGCCGAAAAUUUCCUUACGAGUUUCGACGUGGGGUUCUUCUCCAAUCUCCAACAACUGCAGGUCCUCAAUAUCUCCUACAAUAGCUUCGUCGCACUCGACGUUAGCGUGCUGUACCCGAUGAGAUCGCUGUCGGUGCUCCAGCUUGACGGCAACUGUCUGAGCGAGCUUAAUUACAGUGCGUUAUUGCAGUACCAUGAUUACCUCAAGCGCAUCAGCGUCAACGAUAACAGGUGGACGUGCUCGAAUUUGAUCGAUAUGUUGAGGGCGUUUCGUGAUCGCUACGUGAACUACCUCUUUAACACUACGAGUACGUUUUUAGAAAGUAGUAUAGAGGGUAUCGGCUGCAGUAGGGAUGGGAGCAAUGUGGGAGGAUGUCACAAGGUGGUUGACGUUAAACGCCAGAAGACCAAAGCUGGGUCAAGAAACACUUCCAAUGCGCCUAGAGCAGGGUUAUUUAUCUUAUCGAUAAUGAUUUUUGUAGCACUUUUGAAUUGAAUCCAGAUUUUAAGUAGUGAUCUGACUGAAACCUGGAUCAAAGUGAAGUGUCAUUGAAGGGCUUUAUAUUCUCAUACAGUAUAAUGCACAGAAUAAAUCAUUCAAACUAGA